AGCCACUCUUGGUCGACAAACAACUCUCGUGAGACAAAAAAAAAAGUAAAUUUCUGCUAAAAUUCCCACAAAUUAAAUACCGUGUGCCUAAUAAAAGUCUGGAUAAAAGCGCAACUUUGCGACUAGAAAUAUUUUUGUGUGGAACCGUUGAUCAGAAAAGGCAGGAAACUGGGUCUUAGUAGCGAAACGAGUAAAAUGGACAUGAUGGCAUCUAAUUUGCAAAAUACGCGACAAGUCGUGGAGCAAUUGCGACGCGAGGCGUCCAUCCAACGUGUGAAGGUGUCACAGGCGUGCGAGGACAUCAUCAAAUACGUGACGGAGCACGAACAGGAGGACUGCUUACUCGUCGGUUUCUCCAGCCAAAAGGUAAAUCCGUUCCGCGAGAAGAGUUCUUGUCACAUUUUAUAAGCAAAUUACGCGGCGCCGCAACCUUUCUUCAUUUCAUUUCAACAAAUGUGUAACACUACACAACAACUUUUCGUUAUGAUCGCCACAAAAUUAUGAUAAUAAAUGUUCUGUAAAAGGAAAUUGUGAGAAAAAAAAUAUCAAUCGCAAAUUAUUAGAAAAUAAAUGGUACCUCAAUGUUAAAAAAGUAAAUAAAUGUCACUAAUAACUAUCAUUCUGUAACAAGUUUCUAGAACAAAAAAAAAAUAUAUGUUGCUUAUAAAAUGGAGAUUGAUAUGAAAAUAUAUUAAAAUAAAAAUAGUUAAAAAAUAAAAAAAAAACUGAUGAAUUGUAAUAAAUUUUAAUACAAAAAAAAAUAUAUUGGAUACAAUCGCACACAAAAUAUUUCCUGAUCACUGUUUAAAUAGAAU